CCCGGGGGGUUCGUGCGGCCCCUCCGCUCGCCCUGCCGGCCGGCCGGGCCCCGCUCCCCAUGGGAUAAGCUGUAAACAUGUUCAGCUUUGAAGGGGAUUUCAAAACAAGGCCCAAGGUGUCCCUCGGAGGAGCGAGCAGGAAGGAAGAAAAGGCUUCUCUCCUUCAUCGUACUCAGGAAGAAAGGAGAAAACGAGAGGAAGAAAGGCGGAGGCUGAAAAAUGCAAUAAUAAUCCAGUCCUUUGUAAGAGGGUACAGAGACAGAAAACAUCAAUACUCUAUCCAAAGAAGUGAAUUUGAUCGCUGUGCUAAUUUGGCUCAGUCUGGAGGAGCCUUUUCCACUGCUAAUGGAGCGAAUUUGACUCUCUUAGUUCGCCAGUUACUCUUUUUCUAUAGGCAGAACGAGGAUUCAAAGCGUUUGGUAUGGAUGUGUCAGAAUUUAAUUAAACAGAGUUCUCAGUUUGUUAAGCAAUUGGAUGGUCCAGACAGACUUACUUGCUUAUUCCAAAUAAAAAGACUGUUGGGGCUGUGUUGCAGGCUACUGCAAAAUUGCAAUGAUGACAGUCUGAAUGUUGCACUUCCUAUGAGAAUGCUUGAGGUAUUUUCAUCUGAGAAUACGUAUUUGCCUGUUUUACAAGAUGUCAGCUAUGUGACAUCAUUAAUUGAACAAAUUUUGCACUACAUGGUUCAAAAAGGCUACUACAAGUCGCUUUAUUUGUUAAUUAACAAUAAGCUUCCCUCGAGUAUUGAGUAUUCUGAUGUUUCUCGUGUCCCUAUUGCAAAAAUACUUCUGGAGAAUGUUCUGAAGCCAUUGCACUUUACAUAUAGCUCCUGCCCAGAAGGUGCAAGGCAGCAGAUUUUUGCAGCCUUCACAGAGGAGUUUCUGGCAGCACCUUUUACAGAUCAAAUAUUCCAUUUCAUCAUUCCAGCGCUUGCUGAUGUGCAGACUAUUUUCCCUUAUGAACUCUUUCUGAAUGCACUAUUAUUAGCAGAAAGUGGAUGUUCAAGAAGAAGUGAUCAUGCCCCAUGGCUUUUCUACUUUGUGUUAACAGUUGGAGAAACAUACUUGGGAUCCCUUUCAGAGGAAGGACUUCUUGUGUAUUUGAGGGUACUCCAAACUUUCCUCUCUCAACUGCCUGUGUCUGCUGCUGGUACAAAUUGUCAAGAUGCAAACAGUGAUUCUGAAGAUGAGGAUGAAGAGAUCAGUAAAAUGACAACUACACCGGGUGAUGGGAGAAUAUCAGUCCAGUACAUAACUGAGGAGUGCCUCAAGAAAUUGGACACAAAGCAGCAGACAAACACUCUACUGAACAUGGUUUGGAGAGAUUCAGCCAGUGAAGAGGUCUUUACCCUGAUGGCAUCAAUCUGCCACACUCUAAUGGUACAACACCGAAUGAUGGUGCCAAAAGUCAGGCUUCUUUAUAGUUUAGCCUUUAAUGCCAGAUUCCUGAGGCAUCUUUGGUAUUUGAUAUCUUCAAUGACUACACGAAUGAUUACAGGGUCUAUGGUGCCACUCCUUCAAGUGAUUUCAAGAGGCUCUCCGAUGUCUUUAGAGGACUCUAGCCGAAUUAUCCCUCUAUUCUACCUUUUCAGCUCUUUGUUUAGUCACUCACUUAUUUCUAUUCAUGAUAAUGAAUUCUUUGGUGACCCAAUAGAAGUUGUAGGUCAGAGACAAUCAUCAAUGAUGCCUUUUACACUAGAAGAGCUUGUAAUACUGUCCCGCUGCCUUCGAGAUGCAUGUCUAGGAAUCAUAAAGUUGGCUUACCCAGAAACAAAGCCAGAGGUUCGUGAGGAAUAUAUUGCAGCAUUUAGAAGUGUUGGAGUAACAAAAAACACAGAAAUGCAGCAAUGUAUACAGACAGAACAGAAAAGGUGGAUUCAGUUAUUUAAGGUCAUCACAAAUUUAGUGAAAAUGUUGAAAUCUAGGGAUACAAGGAGAAAUUUCUGUCCACCAAAUCACUGGCUCUCAGAACAAGAAAACAUUAAAGCAGAUAAGGUCACACAGCUGUAUGUGCCAUCAGCCAGACAUGUCUGGAGAGUCAGGAGGAUGGGGAGGAUAGGACCACUGCAAUCAACUUUGGAUGUGGGUUUGGAACCAGCACCUCUUUCUGUAUCUGAAGAACGACAACUUGCAAUUCUGACAGAGCUACCUUUUGUAGUUCCUUUUGAAGAAAGAGUAAAGAUUUUUCAAAGACUGAUCUAUGCUGAUAAACAAGAAGUUCAAGGAGAUGGGCCAUUUUUGGAUGGAAUUAAUGUCACUAUCAGAAGAAAUUAUAUUUAUGAAGAUGCUUAUGAUAAACUUUCUCCUGAGAAUGAACCUGACCUAAAAAAGCGCAUUCGUGUUCACUUGCUUAAUGCACACGGUCUUGAUGAAGCUGGUAUUGAUGGUGGUGGAAUUUUCAGAGAAUUUCUGAAUGAACUCCUCAAAUCAGGAUUUAACCCUAACCAGGGUUUUUUUAAGACCACCAAUGAGGGACUGCUUUACCCUAACCCUGCUGCACAGAUGCUUGUUGGAGACUCCUAUGCCCGACAUUACUACUUCCUUGGGAGAAUGCUUGGAAAGGCUCUUUAUGAAAAUAUGCUGGUGGAGCUGCCAUUUGCUAGUUUUUUCCUCUCAAAAUUAUUAGGGACAAGUGCUGAUGUUGACAUCCAUCAUUUGGCUUCACUAGACCCAGAAAUGUACAAAAACUUGCUUUUUCUCAAGAGCUAUGAGGGGGACGUGGAAGAACUUGGAUUAAACUUCACCGUGGUAAAUAAUGACCUUGGGGAAGCGCAGGUGGUUGAGCUGAAGCCAGGUGGGAAGGACAUCCCCGUCACCAGCGCCAACCGGAUCGCGUACAUCCAUCUGGUGGCGGACUACAGGCUGAACAAACAGAUCCGCCAGCACUGCCUGGCCUUCCGCCAGGGGCUGGCCAACGUGGUCAACCUCGAGUGGCUUCGAAUGUUUGAUCAGCAGGAAAUCCAGGUUCUGACUUCUGGUGCACAAGUUCCUAUUAGCUUAGAUGACCUUAAAUCUUUCACAAACUAUUCAGGUGGCUACACAGCAGACCAUCCUGUAAUUAAAAUAUUUUGGAGGGUUGUAGAAAGCUUCACCGAUGAAGAGAAACGCAAACUGCUCAAAUUUGUAACGAGCUGCUCUCGACCACCUCUUCUGGGGUUUAAGGAGUUAUAUCCUGCAUUUUGCAUUCACAAUGGAGGAUCUGAUUUAGACAGGCUGCCUACUGCCAGUACCUGCAUGAACUUGCUGAAGCUUCCUGAGUUUUAUGACGAGAACCUGAUGCGAAGCAAGCUCCUCUAUGCCAUUGAAUGUGCUGCUGGAUUUGAACUCAGCUGAGUCCAACCAAUGCUUAUUUGGAUGAUCUGCAGAAGAAAGAACCAGUGCCUACUCUAUAAGCAGCACCCAUACCCAAGCAGUUUUAAGGGAAUUCUGUCUACAUUUCUGCAGCUCUUGUGUCUUACCAAAUGCCCUCAAAUAGGUUUUAUUUCUAAACACAAUUUCUUAGUUAGCUUCCAUUACUGAGUAUUGCAUUGACACUGCUUUAUGACUCAAAACAAUGAAUGCUGUGUGCAGCGUGGCUGAUUUCUGUGUUUAUGUGAAGGAAGAGCACAUUUAAAGAACAGUGACAUCUCAGUGGAAUUAACCAAAGAUGAAGCUUUGGCUUUUUGCUGUUCAAACAUAAAUAAUUUUGCAAACUGGCAAUAAAGUUGUGUACUGUGCGGUGCAUUGGGAUGAGACAGGGCUAACAUCCUGUAAUUAAUCUUCUAGAACGAAGGCAAGCAGAUGUUUGCAGAUAUCCCAGAAAUGAGAGGAUGAAAAUGCUCAUUACUGACAACCUGACAUCUUAACUUACAUUGCAGAGUUGUUU